UUUUCAUCAAGUCCAUUGAUGCCUCCACCCAUUGCAAGAAUGCCACCUACCUAUGUGAGCAGAUAGAGGAGGUGAUUGAAGAUGUGGGUGAGGAGAAUGUGGUACAGGUGGUGACCGACAAUGCAGCAAAUUAUGUUGUUGCAGGUAGACUAUUGAUGGAGAGGCACCCAUCUAUAGUUUGGACUCCAUGUGCUGCUCAUUGCAUUGACCUCAUGUUGGAGGAUAUUGGAAGAAUCCCAUGGGUCAAGAGAUGUGUAGAAAGGGCAAGAAAUGUCUGCAAAUUUGUAUAUAAUCAUUCAUGGGUGUUGGCUCUUAUGAGACAAUACACAGAGCAGAAGGAGUUGCAUCGUCCAGGAAUCACAAGAUUUGCCACAAACUUCCUCACAUUGCAGUCCAUGCUUAGGUCUAAGCCUGCCUUGAGACAUAUGAUUGUUGGUGAGGAGUGGUCUUCCUCAUCUUAUGCUACCACCCCUGCAGGGAUAGAGAUGGCAGACUGCAUUUUUGAUGAGCAAGGCUUUUGGGUCCCUUGUGAUGAGAUAGUGAAGUUUGUUAAGCCCUUGGUGGUUUUGUUGCGAGUUGCGGAUGGAGAUAAGCCCGCAAUGGGCUAUAUAUAUGAGGGCAUGGAUAGGGCGAAGGAGGCCAUAAAAUUUAUUUAUGGAGCAGAUUAGAGCAAGUAUGGUCCCAUUUGGGAGA